CGCUCUCAGUGCUGUGUCGAUGGUGCUGCGGUGCGGCAUGAUUGUGUUCGCAUCCGAGUUGGUUGAGUGAACGAUGUUGGUUUGAGUGAACGGAAAGUGUCAGUCAGUGGACCACUGAGAUUGUGCGCGUGUGAGGGGAAGAGUAUCGCGUUGAUGCGUGCCGGCGUGCUCUGGAUUACGUGCUGCUGGAUUACUGUGGCAGCGCGCACCCGGCAGACAAUGACAGGCCGCUGGCGGUGACAGCGAACAGCGCAGCAGAGAGACCCUUGCGAUUCGGAUUAACAGACGGACGCUACCGAAAAUGAAGCCUCGGAAAACCGGGGUGAUCCUUGUCUUGUGGCUCGCACUGGUUGCAGCUACGAUACCAGCCACAGUGCAAGCUUUCGUGUCCUGCUCGCCAAAUCCAUGCAAGAAUGGAGCCUCCUGCGUGUCGUCCAACCCAAGCGGCGAGUCACAUUGCAAUUGUCCUCCGCUCUACGUCGGCGAGUACUGCCAGCACGCAAAUCCGUGCCACACCGGCGGCCCGGGUUUCCGCUGCCAGAACGGCGGCACGUGCAACGUGGAGAUGAGUGUCACAAACGGACCCAAGUUCUCGUGUAGAUGUCCCGUGGGCUACUCGGCCACCAUGUGCGAGAUCAAGGUGCCCAAUGCCUGCGACUCGCAGCCCUGCCAUAACGGGGCCACAUGCCAGCUGCUCACACUGCAGAACUACACAUGCGUGUGCGCCAACGGCUUCCGAGGCAAGUACUGCGACAAGGUUGACCACUGCGCAUCGCAGCCGUGUCUGAAUUACGGGAGCUGUCAGUCCAAGGAGGAUUCGUAUUCGUGCAUCUGUGCUCCUGGGUACAGCGGAGCCUCGUGCGCAGUCGACGUGGAUGAAUGCCAAACAAGACCGUGCAUGCAUGGAACAUGCCUCAACACCCAGGGUUCCUUCAGUUGCGUUUGUGAAGCCGGGUACACUGGACAGUUUUGCGAAUCUCAGUACAUCCCGUGUGAGCCCAGCCCCUGCAUGAAUGGUGGAACGUGUCGGCCCAUCGACUCGCUCAACUACCAGUGUUCCUGCCCUCCCGGCUUCACGGGCACCAACUGCGAGACGAACGUGGACGACUGUCCGGGCAACCUGUGCCAGAAUGGCGCCACCUGUCUGGACGGCGUCAACUCGUACACGUGCCAUUGCCCGCCCACGUUCACGGGGCCGUACUGCACCAAGGACGUGGACGAAUGCGCUUUGCGGCCUAGCGUGUGCAAGAAUGGCGCCACAUGCACCAACACGAUAGGAGGCUACUCAUGCAUCUGUGUGAACGGCUGGACGGGCGCUGACUGCUCGGAAAACAUCGACGAUUGCGCCGUGGCCGCGUGCUUCAACGGUGCCACGUGCCACGACCGAGUCGGCUCCUUCUACUGCCAGUGCGCCCCCGGCAAAACAGGACUGCUGUGCCACUUGGACGACGCGUGUGCCAGCAAUCCGUGCCACGCGGGUGCCAUCUGCGACACAAGUCCCAUCGACGGCACGUACCUCUGCUCAUGCCCCAAUGGCUUCCAGGGCGUCGACUGCACCGAUGAUGUGGACGAGUGCGCCCAGGGCUUCCCUUGCGAACACCAGGGUCUCUGCGUCAACACACCAGGCUCGUUCCGUUGCAAUUGCACCCGUGGUUUCGCCGGGCCCCGAUGCGAGGUGAACAUCAAUGAAUGCGACUCCAACCCCUGCCAGAACGAAGGCACCUGCCUGGACGAGCGUGGCGGCUUCCGCUGCGUCUGCAUGCCUGGCUACCGGGGAGUGCACUGUGAGGUGGACAUAGAUGAGUGCCUGCCAAACCCAUGCCUGAAUGGAGGAAUAUGCAGCGAUCGCAUCAAUGGCUUUCAGUGCCUGUGCCCAGUAGGGUUCUCAGGCAAAAAAUGUGAGACCAAUGAAGACGACUGUUCCUCAUUUCCAUGUCGUAAUGGAGGAUCAUGCCAUGACGGAAUCGCCAGCUACACCUGCCACUGCCCACCAGGUUUUACUGGAAGUAACUGUGAAACAAAUAUGGAUGACUGCCAGUCCUCUCCAUGCCAUCAUGGAGACUGCGUAGAUGGUACAAACGCCUUCACGUGCAACUGCCACCCAGGUUAUACAGGCCUUCUCUGUCAGAACCAGAUCAAUGAGUGCUUGAGCAGCCCAUGUCAGCAUGGUGGCACUUGUGAAGACCUUGUCAAUGGCUACCAGUGCCGUUGUCGUCGUGGUACAUCUGGCCCAGACUGCCAGUUCAACGUCAACGAAUGCUUUUCCAACCCAUGCCGAAAUGGUGCAAAAUGUGUGGAUGGGAUUGACUCUUACACUUGCGAGUGCCUUCCAGGAUACACAGGUAUUCAUUGUGAAACAGACAUCAAUGAAUGUGCCAGCAACCCCUGUGCAAAUGGAGGUGUUUGCAUUGAUCUCAUCAAUGGCUUCAAGUGCAACUGUCCUCGUGGCUACUUUGAUGCUCGUUGCCUGUCCAAUGUGAAUGAAUGUGCAAGCAACCCAUGUCAGCAUGGCGGUACCUGUGAAGAUGAAGUCAAUCAUUUUGUCUGUCACUGCCCUCCUGGCUAUGGUGGCCAUCGCUGUGAACAGGACAUUGAUGAGUGUCAGUCUAACCCAUGCCAGCAUGGAGGCAGCUGCCAUGACGCACUGAAUAACUACUCAUGUGCCUGCAUAGAAGGAUACUCCGGGCGCAACUGUGAAACCAACCUGGAUGACUGCAGUCCAAACCCUUGUCGCAAUGGAGGAAGUUGCAUUGACUUAGUGGGCACAUUUCGCUGCGUGUGUGAAGUGCCUUUCACUGGACCGACAUGUGAGGUUGAACUGAAUCCUUGCUCACCAAACAAGUGCCGAAAUGGUGCACAGUGCUCGCCAUCUUCAAAUUACCUAGAUUUUGCCUGCUCUUGCAAGCUUGGCUUUACUGGCAGGCUUUGUGAUGAGGACAUCGAUGAGUGUGCUGUGUCAUCGCCGUGCCGCAAUGAAGCCACAUGCAUCAACACAAAUGGCUCCUAUGAAUGUGCCUGUACCAAAGGCUACGAAGGCAGGGAUUGCCUCAUCAACACUGAUGACUGCGCAUCCUAUCCCUGCCAGAAUGGAGGCACUUGUCUAGAUGGAAUAGGAGAGUACAAUUGCCUUUGUGUGGACGGCUUUGGUGGCAAGCACUGUUCAGUAGACAUCGAUGAAUGUGCCAGCAACCCUUGCCUCAAUGGAGCUACAUGCAAUGACUAUGUCAACAGCUAUGCUUGUGCAUGUCUUCCUGGUUUCAGUGGCACAAAUUGUCAAACAAAUGAUCAAGACUGCACCUCAAGUUCAUGUAUGAAUGGUGGAACCUGUGUCGAUGGUGUAAACAACUAUACGUGCCAGUGCAGUCCAGGCUACACAGGCUCAAACUGCCAGUACCACAUCAAUGAAUGCGACUCCCAGCCCUGUGCGCAUGGAGCCACUUGUGUCAAUCACAUUGGAUACCACACCUGUCACUGUCCCUUUGGCUACACAGGACCUCGUUGUGAGAUGCUGGUGGAUUGGUGUGCCAAAACACCUUGUCUCAAUGGAGCUACUUGUAAGCAGUCUAAUAACACAUACCAGUGCAUCUGCAAACCUGGUUGGACUGGUCUGCUUUGUGAUGUGUCCAUGGUCUCAUGUGAAGAUGCUGCAUCCCAGAAAGGUAUCAAAGUAACAGACCUGUGUGAGCACGGCGGCACAUGUGAAGACGUUGGAAAUAGCCAUCGCUGCGUCUGCCCUGAAAGCUAUGAAGGCAGCUAUUGCCAACGUGAAGUUAAUGAAUGCCUUAGCAACCCUUGUCAAAAUGGAGCCACCUGCCAAAAUCUAAUAGGCCAGUACAAGUGUGACUGCCCAGAAGGUUUCCAAGGGCUCAACUGUGAAUACAAUAUAAAUGACUGUGACCCUAAUCCAUGUCACAAUGGAGGCACCUGCCAUGAUCUCGUUAACAAAUUUGCCUGCUCUUGCCGUCAUGGGACAGUAGGCAUCUUGUGUGAACACAACGUCAAUGAAUGCUUUGAAGGAGCCUGCCAUCAUGGUGGAACUUGCCUUGAUAGAGUUAAUGGCUAUGAAUGUGAAUGCAGGCCAGGAUAUGUGGGACCACGGUGUGAAGGAGAUGUCAACGAGUGUCUCUCAAAGCCUUGUGAUCCUGUGGGCACACUGGACUGUGUCCAGCUAAUUGAUGAUUACCGCUGUGACUGUCGCCCAGGGCAUGCUGGUAGGCACUGUGAGCUCAAAGUGGACCCAUGUUCGUCAAACCCUUGCUUGAAUGGUGGUAUCUGCCAUCCUGGACCUCGUGGACCAAUGUGCAUCUGCCAAGAAGGUUUCCGUGGUGAGACCUGUGCCAACCAGAGCUGCAGUGACAAGUGGCCAUGCCGUAAUGGAGGUCAAUGUCGGGGACACUCCUGUGUCUGCCCCCAUAGGACAUCUGGUAGCUUAUGUGAAAUCAUUGAAGAGGAACUCAGUAAGAGUGCCUGCACACUAGGGGCUUGUCGAAAUGGAGGCGUUUGCAGAGAAGUUGCAGGUGGCAGGAUAGAGUGCGACUGCCCUGCCAGGUGGAAAGGACCUCGCUGUGAAGAGUAUGAUGGUGGCUACAGAGGAAGUCUGUCACCACCUGUGGAAGGCAUCUAUGACAUAUUUUUGAAAUCCCUAGAAGAAGAAAAGAAGCAGUGCACCAUGCGUCGGUGUGAGAAGAAGGCAGGCAACCGUCAUUGUGAUGAAGAGUGCAACACGUAUGCCUGCGACUUUGACGGCGGAGACUGUUCAUUAGGUAUCAACCCCUGGAUGAACUGCACUGCUGCCAUCAAAUGCUGGGAGGUGUUUAGGGAUGGUAAAUGUAACAUGGAAUGCAACAACAUUGACUGCCUCUUUGAUGGUUUUGACUGUCAGAAAGAUCUUCAACCUUGCAAUGAACACUAUGACACUUACUGCAUGAGGAACUAUGGUAAUGGAUUUUGUGACCAAGGCUGCAACAACGAAGAAUGCAACUGGGAUGGCUUGGACUGUGAAAAAGGACCGCCAUACCUUGCUGAAGGUUCCAUUGUCAUCAUGCUUUCCAUUGAGCCAGAGGUUUUCAAGAACAACACUGUUGCAUUCCUUCGUGACAUUGGACAUGCACUGCGUACGAAUGUGCUCUUCAAAAAGGACCCUAAUGGUCAGGCCAUGAUUUACCCAUGGAAAGCAACUGAAGGUCAGAUGCCCAACCACUCUGUCCUUCCUGUACCGCGCACUGGAACACUUGUACACCUUGAAAUUGACAAUCGCCGCUGCCUCAAGUCCCAGGGAAGUGAAUGCUUUCAGUCUGCAGCCAAGGCAGCUGAAUUUUUGGCAGCGGCUCAGGCUAGACAUGCCUUGGAAACACCUUUUCAUAUCCAAGAAGUACUCGGCUCCGGUAGAGAGGAGGGCGGUGCUGGAGGCGAAGGCAACCGUACUAGCGCACUGAACAUUGUCAUCGGUCUCAUCGGUGUACUGCUAGCUGGGCUCCUUAUUGGUGUCCUCUUCACCACCCAGAAGAAACGCGCCCGGGGCAUCACAUGGUUUCCCGAGGGAUUUCUGAGCACCAGCAAUGGCCAGAGACGCCGCUCGAGGCGCAAGGGUCCCGAUGGGCAGGAGAUGAGAGUCGCUCAAGCAAACGGUGAUGGACCACCAGAGGCAUGGAGCGAUGAUGAGGGGGAGCGACCGCCAGCAAAGCGUGCACGUGGCUCACCAGACUCGGGAUGUGGGGAUACGGUGGUCUCGGACUAUGAGGAUGAACGGGACCCUCGACCAUGGACCCAGCAACAUUUGGAUGCUGCAGACGUGCGCCUGCCUGAAGUGUUGCAAGCACUCACCCCACCACAAGGCAGUGAUCUUGACCACAAUGUUGACGUCAGAGGACCUGGUGGCCUGACACCUUUGAUGCUUGCAUCGUUUCGUGGUGGUGGUGUGGAUACUGGGGAGGAGCCAGGAGAAGAGGAUACUGGAUCUGCCAGCAUGAUUCAAGACCUGCUAAUGCAAGGUGCCCAGCUUGGCAGCACCACUGAGAAGACGGGCGAGACAUCAUUGCACCUUGCUGCUCGCUACGCCCGGGCUGAUGCUGCCAAACGACUUCUUGAUGCUGGAGCAGAUGCCAAUGCACAGGACAGCUCUGGCAGGACACCACUUCAUGCAGCUAUUGCAGCUGAUGCUGUAGGAGUGUUUCAGCAGAUCCUUCUGCGAAAUCGUGCCACAAAUCUAAAUGCCAAGAUGAACAAUGGGAUGACUCCACUCAUUCUUUCCAUUCGCCUUGCUAUGGAGGGUAUGGCAGAAGACCUAAUCAAUGCAGAAGCAGAUGUAAAUGCAGCAGACUCCGACUCACGUACACCACUUCACUGGGCAGCUGCUGUCAACGAUGUUGCUUCAGUGCGUAUGCUUUUGGCUCAUGGCGCCAACCGUGAUGCUCAAGAUGUGCAUGAAGAGACCCCUCUGUUCCUUGCGGCACGUGAAGGAAGCUUGCAAGCUGUGCAGGCGUUGCUCGACCAUGCAGCAAAUCGAGACAUCACCAACCAUAUGGACAGGAGGCCACGUGACGUUGCUCGUGAUCGCAUGCACCUUGAUAUUGUCGAUCUGUUAGACAAGUAUGUACCAAGCCCUCAUAUUUCAGGGCUGUCCAGCCCACCAAUGCUGCUGUCAAGCCCGACAGUCAUUGGGUCCACUAAAUCUGCCAAGGGCAAGCGACGGCAGCCACAGGCCAAGAAUGGUGCUAGCAGUGCCCUGCAGCAGCUUGACAUGUCAGCAACAUCACCAAAAACUGACACUGCAGCAGUCACUGUUCCGAAGAGGAGGACACCAUCUAUUAAGAAAUGUAGGGAUCCACCACCGAUGCCAGACGUUGCACACUCGCUUGACUCACCUCAUGAGUCACCAGGAGGACCCCUGUUUAUGCCGCAAGAGGCUGUGGCAACUUUCACCAAGCAACCACCGUGCUAUGAGGAUUGUGUGGGGCCUGUCUAUGCUGGAGUGUAUGAUCUGCAAGCCUAUGCUAACACAGGUCCUGCUGCCAUGUCACAGCAACAGCAGCAGCAUCAACGCCAGACCUCUGUGCCCUCCAGUAUGAGCAGCUAUGGCAUGGCCUCUUCACCUGCCAAGCAGAGACCCUCACUUCCAACAUCACCUACUCAUAUGGCUGCCAUGCGAGCUGCACACCAGCACAAGUUGCAGCAAGGGGGCCCGACAUACGACUACCCAGUACAGCAAGCCUACUACCACUACCCUACACCGCCAUCUCAGCACAGCCAUGGCAGUGGGGCUGAGGUCACACCCCAGCACUACCUUCAUCCGGGUGAGACCUACCUGACGCCAUCACCAGAGUCACCAGGACAGUGGUCCAGUUCUUCUCCCCAUUCAGCACAGUCCGACUGGUCAGAAGGCAUUUCCAGUCCCUUGGGACAAGCACUCGGUGGAUCGGCUGACUCCAAGCAGCAGACGAUGCAGCAGCCAGGACUAACUCACACUGACUCUGUAUUUAUCUAAGCCAAUGUGCAGUGCAGACUGAAAAAAACAAUAUAUAUAUAUUAUAUAUAUUGUGGGAGGUGGACUACUCAACUGAGCUUCCCAAGGACACUGUGUGUGUUGUGCUCUUCGGUGAAAGACUGAUUCGCUGGACAUCUUUGUGAUGGACUUCAUGCAGACGCUCACAAAGAUGCCGUGUACACAUGUUUUAUUUUUUAAUUUGUAGGUUUAUAGAUUUGCUAUGUAUAGAAAUGCCCAUUCGUGUCACACUGUAUACAUAUUGUUGGAGGAAUGCUCUUGCUUGGUAACUGAUUUGAUGAAAGUCAAAAGCACACUUCAGGCAGUGAGUGCCAUGGACAUGAGGUAGCUCUGUCCCAGUACAUUUUAACAUAGUCAGCCUCCAACAUCGUACACUGAAGUUCUAAGUGUCCCAUGACACAGCUGAAUUUGAGACGAGAGAGUUAUUUUUAUACCAGUGGAUCAUAACAUGUUUAAGAGUAAAACUGCUAGGUAUGUUUCUGUCUAGCAGCAUAAAGCAUUAUUUAUGAUAAAUCUGUUUUGACGCUUUGCCUAACUGUUUCAUCUUUAAAAGGCCUGAUUAACUUACCUGUCCAUGUUUUCAGUGGGUUUACUUGAGUUUGCCCUAUCAGUCAUCUACUCUUUAUGUCAGCUUCUUGAUCUUUCAGUCCCCAUCAAUGAUAUUUUGCCACCAGAGUUGACCUUUCUGACAUUCUUGCCUGUGUAACGUUUGUCUGUGCUCAUUAAACAGCCAAUCUUCCCCCUUACAUGAUUGCUACAACUUUUAACACUUCCGUGCAGCUCUCUUUCUCCAGCCUGUUACUUUAACAAUACUCAGAUCGUAUAGAGAUCUUUGUUUGUCAUUCCACAGAUACGUCACAGCAUCCUCAUUUCAGUCACAUCUCCUUUGCACAGUGAAAAAAAAAAGGGCUUAAUCAUUAAAAUUAGUUUCACCCAAGUAAAGCAAUUCUGGUCAUAUUACUGCCUGUAAGCUUACCCUGUCAACAUUUUUAAUUUCUUCUCGUACAGAAACCCUGAAACACCCUCCCAGUUCUUCAAUUCUGCCAAUAUUUUACUAGUGCUUUCUGUAUUGUAUUCUUCAUCGACCAUCGAACAGAAAUGCCUUAAAUGAGUUGUGCACUUCAGUGGUGCUAACCAAUACUAUGAACUUUUCUAAAGGGAUUUCCCACGUUGCAGGCAGUGUGCUCUCAUUUUACAUCUGCACUUGAACUACAUCUGAACUACUUAAGAUUUUCUCCAGCACUUAGAUAGGUUUGGUACUGCCUUUCAAUGUUGCACAUAAGACUGAGUUAUCCGUGCAAAGAAUGUUCAAAAGUGCUGCUUCAAAAGUGCUACAAUGCCUAAAUAGAAAAGGGCUCCGGGGCAAAUAGAGGUGGAGUCUCAUUGUCACUCUAAAGCUUUCACUCUUAACUUAACAAGGCUGCUAGGAAUAUUCAUCCUCGCUUUCCUGUGCAUUUCCAUGAUAAGCAGGCACACUUCUGACUGCCAAAUUCACCGCAAUGUCUUUUUUCUUAUUUUUAUUCAGCAGUGAAGUGUUUGGUACACCUAUCUUUAUCCUUGACUGUAUUAAUAGAUAUCAGUCCACCCACCAUUUGCAAAGCAGCAGAUAACUGUCCAUCAGAUGACAGUUCAUUUCAACAUAGUGUAGGUUCAAACGGCCUGACCUUUCUUUUUCUUAAGCUCUUUACUGAGCUGCCUGUGUACAGUUUUCUUUAAUACAAGAACUGUAGUUUUGUUAUCUAAGUCUACUGCUGUUAUAUAAUUAAACACAGGAAAAUCUAAAAGUCGGAAAAAGAAAGAUAAAAGCUCUGCAUUUUGCAGUGACAGUCAUGGUGUUAAAAUGAAACCCAUCUUUGACAGAUUGCAGAUUUCCAUUGUAGACUCUAUGACAUGGAAAAAGUAUUAUGCAUGCUUUGAAAUAAACACUGAUUUUGCAGACAUUAAUUUUAAUUUGCUACAGCGAACACACGCUAAGUUGCUCACAGUUACUCAAGAUUGUAAGAAUGUGCUGUGUUGACAAAAGUUUAACUUAGGUUUUUUCUUUGUAUUGUUAUCACUUGUAAAUAAGAUUGUGAUAGUAACUGAUCACAGCAUUUCAGCUGCUCUUUGCGACUAACAAUCAGCAGUGAAUCAGUAUUCAAACUUUUUAACAGCUUACCAUGGUCAGCACACACACAAGUGUAGCAGACACGUAAAUGUACUGAGAAUUGUUUAAAAAAAUUGUUUCUUACAGCCUUUUAAGUAUCUUCUGUAAGUGUUGAAUCUUGCUCAAUCCUGGAGAACUGCCAGUAUACUACAGUUUUGUCAGAUUAAGUACUCCAAUUUUGUUUUAUCAUUGCCACAUAUUUAUUUCACAAGAUGGGGCCAAAACACUUGUGCACUAUUGUAGCUACAAUCCUCACUACUAACUGGCAACGCUGAUCGCCCUGUAGGCUGUUGAAAGGCUACAUUGAUCUAGCAUGCAGCAGGAUACUCAGCAAAUAUUGUCCUAUGUGUAAUUGUAAAUAGGUUUUUUUUUCUUGCUGUGCCUCUGCCUUAUUGUAUGCAUUUGGCUCAUCGUAAAGCUCAUUCUGACAUAGAGAGCUUGUUACCACUCACUGAAAAUGCUGAAAGUGUUUUUCCACUGUGUGAAAAGCAGGCUGGCUAUGAGGAACAUCGAAUGCACUGUACAAUAUGUGAUGUGGGACUAUGCAAAUAUAUAUAUAUAUAUAUAUAUUAUAUAUAUAAGAUGUAUACAUAUGUACAAAGUCCAAGAGUGCAAGAGCAUACAGAACAAGGUGGAAAGUUAGCAGUGCAUGUACAUGCAAUCCUGCCAAAUAAUGCGUAUGCACAAUUCCCUUCAUUGACAAUGCCAGAAGAAAAAUUGUGUUCAUAGAGAUGCCUGCUUGGUCAUUUUCAUACUGUUCAACAGAAACAUGCACAAUAAAGACAGUUUUUUGAAUA